AUGGCCGCGAGGAUGGUGAUGGGGAAGACGGAGGAGAGAAACGGGGGACAGGAGGCAGAGGGAAGAAAAAGGCGAGCGGCGGUGGGUUGGGGAGGGGGGGUCCCCUGGCGGCCUGGGGGCACAACUGGGCGCUGCCAGUGGCUAACGCUGCUGCCAGUGGGUGGGCGGAGGGAUCGCAGCCGCAUUGCUAGUGCCUGUAGCCUCUGCGUCCAGGGCCCUCUGCCCACGAGUUCCACGGCCGGCAAACAGACCACUGCACAGCACAGGGCUCGACCACCCCCAACUCGUCCAGGCGCAGAUGCAGCUGCUGCGGGUACUCGUAUGGACGCAGGUACGGUACAGACAGUGGACGUGUCGGAUACACAUCAAUGGAUUGCCUUUUGCGCGGCCAGGAGAGCGGUUUCGCGUUGGGGGGGGACCGGCGACGACGUGCGACGCCAGGUACCGCAGAGGUACCGCACGGGUAGGCUCCAUGGCCUGGAGCCGGACCAGGCUCAGGCGCAGGCUCAGGAACAGGAACAGGCACUGGCUGGCUCAGGCACAAGAGCGCUAGCCACAGUCCCCUCCACACUGUCCCGAACCCUGGCGGCCCUGCAUCCGCCGGUCAAGGCCAGCUGGUCAGAGCUUUUGCCUGCUCUAGACAGCCGUUGGCGCCAGGGCCGCGAGGAGGGUGGAAGGUGGAGGGGUACCGGCUGGGGACAACAGCUUCGGAGCCGGCCAACGGCGUCAUCGACGUAG